UACAUAAUGCAUAUCCUAAAUGAAACAACCAAUUUUUACAAUUUAAAUAAUACAUAUCCUAAAUGAAACAAACGGUUUUCAUAAUUUACUCGAUGUAUAUCCUAAAUGAAACCACCACCAUCGUUGUCUCUUAUCUUUCUGAAAACACCGCCUCCCUUGAAAACAUCUCUCCCUUCGUCGCCUGAAAACCGCUACUAAAAACUAAAAGCUUCUAGAUUUGUUGUCAUCAUCGUCGUGAAGCCACCAACACCAUAGUAACAUGAAGCAAUGACCACCGAAUCCACUACGGUGUCAUGAAGCUACGCCCGCCAUAGUGACAAGAAUGGAGGAAGACAAGUAAAGUAAACCACCGCCACCCUUGAACCCUUUAUAAACUGAUGGCGAAGAGGAUGAGCGAGGAGGGUGCAGAUGCAAUAGAUGACCGGAUCUCUCAGUGGAUCAGAUGGAGGCGUCGAGAAGAAGAGAAGUAACUCAUGAACCAGAUCUCCAUCCAGCACUGCUUCAAAUCUCCAUCCAAUAGUGAAAAAUAUUGGUCGCAGAAUGCUUCUAGUGGUGUCCGGUUAUGAAGAUCAGUGGUUGAUGGAGCAAAUCAGUCGAUUUAGAGCUCGGAUCGGCGGUCUAGUGGUUUCCUGGUGUUUUCCGGCAGCGGUCGCUGAUUCGCAACGUCGACCAACUGAAAUGUGAGAGGACGUGAGGGGUGUAGGGUUUUAGGUGGGUCCAAUUUCAAGUUUAUUUAAUAAUUUAUAUUAUUCAAUAGUAAACUAAUAAUAUAAAAUUUUGAAAAUAUAAAGAUAAAGGAUAAUAUAGUCUUUUUUAGCUCCAUGAGGUAUGAAAAACACAAUAAAAUAAAAACUUACAGACCGUCCAAGUGCAAAAGAAUACUUAGGAACCAAACGUGAAAUUUUUGCAAACCACAAGGGCCAUUUCAGUAAUUUGUUCUCUCCAUUCGCACUAUCACCUACAAGUACAACCACCACAUACCGGAGAUGUUCCAUCACUCUCACCUGCUCCCGUAUCGCAAUUACUCUACUAUAAAUAUAAACACAACACAUCACAUCAACGUGUUCACAUCACCGUUGCUUGUCGGAAUUUCAGAAGAUGGAGUCCAUCGAAUCAGCAGCCAACCUCCGUUCACAAUUCCAUGAAGUUCUUCGUAGUCGCCGUUCUCCUAUAGUUCCGACACUACGUGCACUUCAGACGCUAUCUGCAAAACCCGUGGAAGAACCCUUAUAUCAGGGAAUACCUGUUGACUUUGAGGUAAUGAGAUCCUACCCGAAAGCACGCAUUAACGUCAAGGAACAGCUCAAUGAAGAAAACUUUUACUUACCCACUGAGGAAGGAGAGCAAGGGCUUCUGCCUGUGCUCAUUUUGAGCAUGAAAGAAUCCACACAAUCAAAAAGACCAGCUGUUGUUUUUGUACAUCCAACAAAUGCAAACAAAGAGUGGCUACGCCCUUCACUUGAGGAUUAUGCUUCACGUGGAUAUAUUGCAAUUGCCAUUGAUUCUCGUUACCAUGGAGAACGUGCCAAAACCCCCACCGCCUAUCAAGAUGCUCUUGUUUCAGCAUGGAAAAUAGGUGAUACAAUGCCAUUUAUAUAUGACACGGUGUGGGACCUUUUAAAGUUGGCAGAUUAUCUAACCACAAGAGAUGAUAUUGACCAUUCCAAGAUAGGAAUCACUGGGAAUUCACUUGGAGGAAUGCAUGCAUGGUUUGUUGCUUUUGUUGAUACACGUUAUUCAGUGGUUGUCCCAGUAAUUGCUGUUCAGGGCUUUCGGUGGGCUAUAGAUAAUGAUCAAUGGCAUGCUCGAGUUGACAGUAUUAAGCCUGUGUUUGAAGAAGCAAGGAUUGACUUAGGGAAGGAAGCCAUUGACAAAGAGGUUGUGGAAAAGGUUUGGAACCGAAUAGCUCCUGGUUUAGCAUCUGAGUUUGACUCACCUUAUACGGUGCCAGUCAUUGCACCACGCCCUUUAUUGAUUAUAAAUGGUCAAGACGAUCCCCGUUGCCCAAUCGAAGGUAUUGAUGUCACCAUAUCAAAAACACAAAAAGCUUUCGAAGAUGCCCAAUGUUUGAAUCAUUUCAAGGUGAUAGUCGAACCAGGAAUUGGACAUGAUGUGACGUCAUCAAUGCUUAAAGAUGUGAGUGAUUGGCUUGACAAGUUUCUCAAACCAUAGAAAUAUCUCAUGCAUAGCUAUGUAUCUUAUGCUCGACUGAAUAUUGUUGUCUAUUCAAAAGUAUAUCUAUAUCAUGUAAAUAAAGCUUUGGCAUUGUUAUUUGUAUUAAACACAUGAAAAAGCCUUCCAAUAAACGAAACUUAUUCCAAAUUUGAUUA